AUGCCCGUCCCCUCCAAUUAUCCCCCCGUCCACAUCCCAGCGGAAGACCUGUGGACAUUUCUCUUUGAACGCAAAGACAGAGCAUACCCAGAUGAUAAGAUCCUCUACCAAGAUGCCGAAACCCAGCGCCACUACACAUACAAGGCUCUCCGCGAGGCCUCACUAGACUUUGGUAAAGGGCUGCGCGCUGUCUACGAUUGGAAGAAGGGCGAUGUUCUCGCUCUGUUUACCCCGAAUAGCAUCGACACCCCCGUUCUGAUGUGGGGGACUCUAUGGGCUGGAGGCGUGGUCUCGCCAGCCAAUCCGGCGUAUACGGUUGAUGAACUCGCAUUCCAGCUUAAGAACUCAGGCGCAAAGGGGUUGGCUACGCAAGCCUCGGUGUUGUCUGUUGCAAAACAGGCCGCCAAGAAGGUCGGCAUGAGCGAAGAUCGAAUCAUCUUGAUUGGUGACCAGCGCGAUCCGGAAGCGCGGGUCAAGCAUUUUACCUCCGUGCGCAACCUCUCUGGCGCUACCCGGUACAGGAAGCAGAAGGUGAACCCGGAGAAGGACGUUGCGUUCUUGGUUUACUCUUCUGGAACCACUGGUGUGCCUAAGGGCGUUAUGCUGUCGCACCGGAAUAUCGUCGCCAAUAUCAUGCAGCAGGUCAUUGGUGAAGGUGGUAAAUUGAGUUGGGAUGGUGGUCACGAUGGCAAGGGUGACCGAGUUCUGGCAUUUUUGCCAUUCUAUCAUAUCUAUGGAUUGACUUGUUUAAUCACUCAAGCCCUAUACAAGGGCUACCACCUAAUUGUGAUGUCUAAAUUUGACAUUGAAAAGUGGUGCGCACAUGUGCAGAACUACCGAUGCACAUUCAGUUACAUCGUCCCUCCCGUGGUGCUGUUAUUGGGCAAGCACCCGGUAGUGGACAAGUAUGACCUAUCGAGUUUGCGGAUGAUGAACUCCGGCGCCGCUCCUCUCACACAAGAGCUAGUGGAGGCAGUCUACUCGCGCAUCAAGGUUGGAAUCAAGCAAGGAUAUGGCCUCAGCGAGACCAGCCCAACGACACACUCACAACAAUGGGAGGAUUGGCGUGAAGCAAUUGGCUCGGUUGGUCGCUUGAUGCCCAACAUGCAAGCCAAGUACAUGACAAUGCCCGAGGACGGCUCCGAGCCAAAGGAGGUUGCCGUGGGCGAGGUCGGUGAGCUCUACCUCAGUGGGCCUAAUGUCUUCCUCGGCUACCAUGAGAACCCAGAGGCGACCAAGGGUUGUCUUUCCGAGGAUGGCUGGUUCCAGACUGGCGAUGUUGGUUUCCAGGAUGCCAAGGGCCACUUCUACAUCACCGAUCGUGUCAAGGAGCUCAUCAAGUACAAGGGCUUCCAGGUUCCUCCUGCUGAGCUGGAGGGACUCCUAGUUGACAACGAUGCCAUUGAUGAUGUGGCAGUGAUCGGAAUUGAGAGCGAUGCGCAUGGCUCAGAAGUUCCCUUAGCUUGUGUUGUUCGCAGUGCUAAGAGCAAGUCUUCAGGGAGAAAUGAGAAAGAAGAAGCAGACAAAAUUGUCAAGUGGCUGGAUAGCAAGGUCGCCCAUCACAAGCGCCUGCGUGGCGGUGUACAGUUUGUGGAUGAGAUUCCUAAGAAUCCCAGUGGGAAGAUCCUACGUCGUCUGCUCAAGCAGAAGUUCAAGGAGACGGCCAAGGCACCCAAGGCCAAGCUGUAA